AUGCGGGCAGAGGACAGAAUGGAGGAGGUGGUGCGCUCGCUGUGUGAGGGAGGUAUCCAGGUCAGCUUGUCUGCUCUGCCGUCCUCCAUCGCCGGUUUCUCCGCCACCCCGCCAGUCGUAUCGCAUCGCGGAGGUGGCAGCGCACAACCAAGCCGUCCCCCCCAGGCAGCCUCCCUCAAAGGUGGAGCGUCCGCAGCGACCCGGCCCCCCCCAAAGGAGGAAGGGACGACUCAGGUUCCAACUAGAGACGGAGGCGAUAUGGCGAGCAACUACACAAAGACUACGAGAGACGAGGCAGCCAGGAUCCUGGAGAGUUUCAUGUUAUACACAUGGGGGGCGGUCAGUACAAGCUCCGGCGUGCUGGUAGCAGGGGAGGCGAGUUGGGUGACCCAGGUGGCAGUGUGGAUAAACCAGAAAACAUUACUGAGACAGGACCAAAUUUUGGUGCUUUAUCCUACACACGGCCGAGUAGAAAAGCAUUCCUUGGUGCCUCAUAUACGCCUUGCUGCCAAGGUGAUCUUACUGGAGCGGAAUGAAUUCCAGCCUGGUAACGGAAGUGUUGGUGGCGGCGGUGCAGAGCAUGACAAUGCGUCGCUGUCUUCCUGUUCGUUCUUCAUUGAACAAGCGACAUUACUGAACGGCGGAGUUUACACCUUUAGGACAGGUGGAUGCUGGCUUAGAAACCAUACGCUGUUCAUUAGUCAGCCUCUGCUACCGGAAACUCGGAGCUUGCGAGGCGCUCCUGUAGCCGUAGUCAUCAUUAAGAAUUUCUUCGAGGCGAUACGUGUGGGGCCCCGCAGAGCCUACCUGGUUGGCUACCUUGGGAAACUAAUCAACGCCCUGGCGAAAAUCCUUCACUUUCAUUACAACAUCCUCGAAGGCACCAGCUUCGGCGUCAAGUCCUCCAACGGCUCAUACGACGGCGUCAUUGGUCACAUCGAGCGGGAGGAGGGAGAAAUAGGUCUGGCCUCGCUCAGCAUCACACACGGGCGAUAUCAAGCCAUCGACUUCACCACGUGGCUCAGAUUCCAGCCCAGCCUUUUCGUGACGCGAGGACCCCGCUACCUUAAGGACCCAAUGGCUGUGUUCAGACCUUACUCGUGGCAGAUGUGGGUGAUGAUUAUCUUUUUCCUGGUGUUCGCUGCGAUGUGGACGUGGUUGCUGUGGAGGUGCGGGAUAGAUGGUGGCGACGGACGUUCACAUCGACUCGAGGUGGAUUCAGAGACAAUAGUUAGCACGGGGCCGUCGUUCAUGUCGGUCUUAGCGCUUGUGUUUAAGACCAUUGUAUAUCAGGGCUCCUCACUCCUGCCUCGGGGAUCCCCUGGGCGCGCGGCACACGUGAGCACUUGGCUGGUGGUAUUGGUGCUGGUAGGAGUGUUCAGCGGCAACCUCACCGCCUUUCUGUUCAGACCCGUCCUUAGCACACCGCCCACCACCAUCCACCAGCUCGUCACCCGCGACUGGACCAUCAGGCUGGAUAAGGCGUAUGGCAGCCACGAUCUCGUCAAGGAAACUAAGACUGAGGACUACCAGACGCUAUACAGGAGGGCAUCUCAGAGAGGAGGCAUCAUCGAGAACCGAGGUGCUACUACCAAGACCAAAACUAAACUGGAGGACAUCCUUAACACGGACAUCGCCGUCGUGAUGGGUGAGCCAGGAGCUUUUCACACCCUCAACGAGAACACGAAGGCGGAUGGUGGUUGCCUCCUCACCUAUGGGCGGGAGGCCAUUGGGCUGGAAUACGCCGCUCUAGCUGUACCGAAAAAAUCUUUUCUGAAGCCUCUUAUCGACAGGAAGCUGGUGUGGAUGCGCGAGAUGGGCACACUAGAGCGGUACUACCAGGGCUCCUUCGGCGUCACCUGCUACAGGGACAAAACCCAAUCCUCGGAGCCAUCGAGCCUCGUAUUAAUUCAGCUGCUGUGUUUAUUUUACUUCUGGAGUGCGGGACUGAGUUUGUCGUGUCUCAUGUUCACGGUCGAGGUGUUCCGCGGCAAGUUCAACCCUACCAGGACCUGACACCACACAGCUCGCCCCCCCGCAACUACGCCUUCCAGUGACUGACUGUCUGGCCUCACCACGCAGGCACGCACACCACCACAAGUGAACUAUCCAGCAGCACGCCCUCCCAUACCUUGUGUCUCUCAAUAAAUUCCCUCUCCCUGUUUCAAAACACUGCUGUAUGAACAUAAAAAAAAAAACUAUGGUAAAUACUAAUACAGAUAUAUAAAUAAAAUUGAAAUAAACAUUAUGUAGAGAAAAUAA